UUAUGGUCUGUUCGCGCCAUCCUGUCUUCGAAACGAAAGACACAACAAGAGUCCAGGACCCUAUGACUUGGUUUACUCUUGAGACUUCAAUACAAAUCGUUAAACCAAAGCAGUUAAUCGCGCCAGGAACCAGCCUCACAUUGCAUUGUGCGGCCCUAUUGAUGGGUUUGUGAGAGACCGUGACUUCACUCCAAAAUCAUGCCGCGCGUUGAACCAAACGCUUGCUCAAAAAGAAAGAAGCGAGAAAGCGGCACCACAAGGCUGAAUGAAAAACUCGGCAGUGAUGAAUUACUACAACAACUUAAGGCUCUAGCUGAGGAGCUAUCAGAAGCUGAGCAGUCAAGCGCCAAGCAGUAUGGUGACACCGCUGAGUUCCUGGCCCGACACUAUGUCUUGAAACACAAGGAUAAGGGAGUGAGAUUAUAUGCUGCAUGUUGUCUGGUGGAUAUAUUAAGGAUUUAUGCUCCAGAGGCACCAUUUAACCAAGACCAGAUGUGGGAAGUCUUCUCCCUCAUCAUUAGUCAGCUAAGAGGACUGGAACAUGGCCCAAAUGGACUCAAUAUCAAGAAACAUUUUUAUAUCUUGGAGAGUAUUGCUCUUGUGAGGUCAUUCACCGUUUGUCUGGAGCUCGAUUUUCAGGACCUGAUACUGCAGCUUUUUAAACUCUUUUUUAGUGUUGUGAAGGAAAGUCACUCAGUCAAAGUACUGAACCUGAUGGUGGAGGUCAUGAGUCCAAUAAUAGAAGACAGUGAAUCAAUACCACAGGAACUCUUGGAUACAGUACUGAUAAAUCUCAUUGAGCCAAUAAAGAGCCAAAACCCUAGUGCAUAUCGGAUUGCAUCCAACCUUGUAGAGAAAACAUCUUCUAGCAUAGAGCCCUUCAUUCAGAUGUUUUUCAACAGUGUCCUGACUCUUGGCAAGACAUCGGAAAGUGACCUUACAGAUAGGGUGUAUGACCUUAUUUUGGAACUGAACCGAAUAGCUCCUUUAGUGCUUCUUUCUGUUCUGCCACAGCUAGAGUUUAAACUUAAGAGCCCUGAUGUUGAAGACAGACUUGCUGUUACCCGGUUACUCUCACAGAUGUUCUCUGACCAGAGCUCUGAGCUAGCUAUUCAGAAUAAGUCCCUAUGGCAGUCAUAUCUUGGGAGAUAUUUGGACAUCAACGUUGAUGUCAGGGUUGAGUGUGUGAAAAAUGCAAAGCACUUUCUAAUCUUAAACAAUGAGCUGUCAUCAGAAGUUUCAGAAAAAUUGAGAAGUCGGUCCAAAGACCCUGAUGAUAAAGUCAGGCAAGAGGUAGUGACAGGAACUUGUGAAGCAGCAUCUCAGAACAUUGACUGUGUCUCAGACAAGUUAUUUGAAGAUAUUUGUGAGAGGAUGAGGGACAAGAAGUCAAAUGUGAGGAUGGAAGCAAUGAUUUGCAUAGGAAAGCUUUACAAGAAGUACACAACAGGAGCCACAGCAGAUCUCUCAGCGGCCAAGAGGUUGUCCUGGGUACCAAACAAGCUUCUAGUGUGGUACUACCAACCAUCUAUUGAAGACCAGCUUUGUGUUGAACGGCUGCUGUCUGGUUGUCUUGUGCCUGUCUCGCUGCCAGCAGAAGAACGAGUGAAGCGAUUACUGUCCCUUUAUACUCGUUUGGAUCAACACGCUGUUGGUGCCCUUAGAAUGGUAUUCAAAUGCCAAGCAAAUGUGCGUUCAGAUCUCGCAGCUCUUGUACAGCUUGUAGGAGAGGAGAAGAGUAAUGACACAGACAAGAUGAUUAUGUCACACAUCAUCACAUUGGCAAGAACUCUUCCUAAUCCCUUCAAGUCCCAAGAAAAUCUAAAAAAGCUACCUGAGAUGCUGAAAGAGGAAAAAACAAGAGCUCUGCUGAGUACUUGUGUAAACCCUAAUGUGGGAUGUCCUGCAGUAUUUAAAGCUGUGAGUGAAUUUGUUGUCAAGUUGGGAGCGAGGAACCCUAUUCUAGAUACCAUGAAAGCCAUGUUGGACAGAGCCGCACCUGUUCUUGUCGACGCAGAAUGUAUCAGGAUUCUCCUGACACAAGUCAAGAAUUUGAUUGAAGGGCUAGAACAUGAUGAAGAAGAGGAGGAGGAUCUUGAUGAGUCGACAGACUCGCCCAGUAAUAGGGGCACCAAGGGGCUGGACAUGCUAGUGACCUUAUCCAGUGUCUUCCCAUCACAUUUUCAAAAUGAGGAGAGCUUCGAGCUGCUUCUUGUUUUUCUAAAACACCAUGACCCACAGCUAGUGAGCUUAGCGUUACAAAUCCUCUCGAAUACUGUUGAAGAGAUGCAGUCAACUGCCGAAUCGCUGAUAAGCUAUUACCAACCUGUCUUGUCUAACCUUGCGACCAAAGGAACUCCUCGUCAUGCCAAAUUUGCUAUUCGCUCAUUGGCAAAAAUAUUCAAGGAUCCAAUCAAUGUCUUUGAGCGCAUCUUUUCUAAUAUUGUGAGUUCGCUGGACUAUGAUCACCCUAUGCUAUUAACAUACCUCACUUCCCUGGCCGAACUCGCCGUAUUGGUUCCCUCACUGUUUGAGACAAAGCAGAAGUUUAUUAUUCGAGAUUUUGUGGUGAAAGAGCUGCUUGUGAAAGACCGGCAAACACAGGAAGAGGCUGAGGAAAAAGGUGACAAAGAUUGGUGUGAUGAUUUUGAUGUCUCAAAAGAAACCCAGGCCAAGAUAAAAGGAAUCAAAGUUAUGGUCCGCUGGUUAGAAGGCUUGCAGUCCAACCAUAAGAACUCUGGAUUGCCUGUGUUAAGGCUUUUGCAUACAGUGCUGGUACAUGCAGGAGAUCUACAAAAUAAUAACUGUGUCUGCCCACAUGACUGUUCUAGGCUUCGUCUAGCUGCUGCCUGCGGAAUGUUAAAAAUUGCGAAGGAGCUGAACUAUGAGGAAGUUGUUAGUUUGGAGCACUACCAACAGCUUGCCCUCACAAUUCAGGAUCCUUGUUUUGAAGUGCGAGCUAAGUUCAUUAAGAAGCUGCACAAGUCGCUUGACACACUCAAGCUUCCACUGGACUACCUUGCUAUCUUCUGCCUUGCUGCCACUGAAUCCAAUAAAGACAAGAAGACGCAGGUACGUCAGAUGAUUGCUCGUAAUAUCAACAUCAGGAAGGAAUACCUGAAAACCCACUCCGUGGCCCAAGCAUGCUCUCAUGCUAUCCUCCCCGAGUACGCGCUGCCGUGCGUGAUCCAUCUCUUAGCUCACCAUCCAGACUUUGAUGCAAAAAGUAAAGACUCAUUAGUGGAAUUCAAAGAAUAUCUUUGGUUCUUUAUGGAGCCCAUCAUAGCAGCAAACACUGGGAAUGCAGGGCUGAUCAAGAAACUCUUGGAAAACAUCAAACAGACCGAAGACGUGCAGUGUCCGGAGAAUGCGACAGCCAAUGAGGCAAUCUACGCGUUAUGUGAUCUCGCCUAUGGCCUUGUACUGAAUAAGGCAACAGGUUUGGUAUCUGAGGAGUUCCCACUAAACCCUCUGUUGCCAAAGAAGAUGUUUCAGCCAUCGAAAAGGGCAACACCAAACAACAAAUCAUAUCUACCGAAAGGAUUCAUGUUCUUUGCUGGAAAGAAAAAGGCGGCUGUACCAGAAGCAAGCAAACCUGCUAGUAGGGCAUCCAAGGCGAGCACAAAGAGAAGGAAUCUAAACGACACUAAAGUAGCAGUAAAGGCGUCACGUGGAAGGCAGCUCGAGACAAAGAAUAAAAACACGACCUUCUCGAGUCCGGGGGAGGAUACACCGGAGAGCGGACUUGGAAGUCCAGCAAAACCCUCACCAAGAAAGCGGUUGAGGUCAGCGGCAUCUCCGGCAAAGAAGCCACCUGCUAAAUCUCGCAAGACUGCUACAGACUCGGACAGCCAAAGUGACUCAGAAGAAGAAGUCCUGCCGACGAAAGCCUCAAGAAGUAGGGGUAGACAGCAGCCAGGAGCUAAAGCAACAACUGCCAAGUCUAGUACAAGGUCUCCAAGAAAGGAAGAUGCCAGCCAUGAUCAACAGAGCGAGUCUGAUGGCGAAGAAUCUCUAGAGAAGGACUCAAAUCGAGGCAAGCAACUGAGUUCGCCGAAAAAGAAAGUGGCAGUUAAAUCUCCACGUAAGGCUACUACAAAUGCUGACUCGGGGAGUGAUUCAGAAGAAGAGGCUAGCAAAACGAAGACUUCCAGGGGCCGUUCCAAACUACAAGCAUCUCCUACAAAGAAGGCAACAAAGAAAGCGUUCUCAAGGCGCGCCCGCAAGACUGUGACAACCGCUGACUCUGCAAGCGAACCGGAAGAAGAGGUAAGCCCAAAGAAAGGCGCCAUAGGCAGAGCUAAACAACAGACUUCUCCGACAAAGAAAUCCACCACGAGAUCGCCUCGGAAGACUUCCGAGGAUGUAGAGAUGGAAGUAACCAGUUCCAGGGCGACCUCAAGGGCGCGGAGGAAACCGGAGACUUCUCCUACAAAGCCACCAUCAGCCCGGUCUACUAGUAGAGGCAGUGCUCCAUCUCAGAGAAAAAACAAGAAAGACAACGGAAUGGCAGAAGUUGAGUCCCCUGUGGUUUCACCAAUCAAGAGAACGGCAGAAAGAGGGGGAGGAUCUCCAGCAAAAAGGCUACGAGAAUCCGCAACCGUAGCAGCAACAUCCACUCCCGCAUCACCUCUGAGACGGGGGCGGUCUGCUAAGGUGUCUGAGGCGAUCUCACCUGUUCGCGGCUCUGUCGUACCUACGAAAGGAAAGACACAGGCACAGAGCCCAUCUCGCAGCAAAAGAGUUACUAGUAAGUCUGUAAACGCAUCGAGGUCGCCACGUAUUGAAACUGGAAAAUCAGAAGGUCAGAGAUUGUCUCCUAGAAGGAAGACGACGACUGCAUCACUGACAAAGACGAUCAGAUCACCUUUCGAGUCAGGGACGUCCGAGCUCGCGCAAAAGAGUCCCAUUGCUGGUCGAGCUGUGCGAAAAUUACAGUCAGAGCUUGACUCUUUGCCCGAGGAUGAAGAAAGCACUUCAAACACCACACCAACCUCCUCCAGGAGUCUCACCAAGACAAGUCCUGAACUUAAUGGCGUUUCGGAUUCCCCCAGAAAGAACCGCACCUCACCUAGAAAGAAUGCAACGGAAGCAAGUCCUUCAAAGAAACGUAAAAUAGAAGAACAAGCAAAGGUUGCUAAAAAGUCUAAAACGGAGAAUAAACCAAGCCCAAAGAAGACCGCACCUCCAGUGCUAAACGUACGACGACGGAACAAUAGAGCACGCAGAUGAGAUAAGCUCCCCAGAGAGACAGAUAUCCUAUCUUUGUAUAGACAAAAUCUAAUCUUAAGGUAUCCAGCUCUUUCCGGGCCGGUGUUUCAAAACCAGGUUCUCAGUCAUCAUCCGCCACAGUAGUAUAAAGGGAACAAAAGCCAUGGAAAGAGGGAACAAGAGCCAGGAGAAAAUAGGGAUGAGGUUCCACGCUAAUGGGCUGCCACGAUCUAUUCAUGAUACAUUGGCAUAAUCCGCCACAGUAGUAUAAGGAUAGCAAAAGCCAGGGGCUCCAAGCAAUUCAUGAUACACUCUUCAUUAUUGCCUUCUGGAUCCUCUCUAAUCUGAGUCGAAACCAACUCUAUCCAAACCAUUCCAAAACAUUCGUCUUAUUAAGAACGGGUCAAGACUUCUGCACUUUUGUUACCAUAGGCUUUGUUCUCUGCUAUUUUAACUUAGAAACGUCAUGUUUCUUCAAUAGCCGCGGCUUUAUGUGUGAUUUUAUUAUAUGGUAAACACCUAUUUCAAUCAAGGUCUCACUCGGAAAAAUGUGUCGUAACUUGCAGUGCUCCAUAAUUAAUCCAAUAAGCGUAAAUAAAAAACAAAUGCACCCUCGAAUCCUGUAGCAUUCCUAUUUACCUGCCAUUUUACGUUACGUAUGGACCACUGCGCGCUACUAUACAUGGAUCUUGAGUGUAACCUUAUCUCAAAUAGUUAUAUAUUCUUUAGCCAGAGUUUGUAAAUUAAUAGCCGGAACUGCUGACGGUUCUUCAUCUUAAAAGUUGCCGCGAUAUACGCUUUUGAUUUUAUUUGUACAAAAACCCUCUUCGGGGGAUCUUUAUUAAAGAAUUUUUAUCAACGCU